AUGUCGUCUCGUCCCUUAGAAGGCAAACUAGCUGUCGUCACAGGAGCCUUUCGCGGUAUUGGCGCAGCAAUUACCAAGCACCUAGCUGCAAAAGGAGCUAAUGUCCUGGGCGUUUACACCUCCGACUCGUCGACGCAGUCAGCAAACGACUUGAUCAACGCACUUCAAGAGGCACAUGGUGUCAGAAUCGUUGCAGUGCAAGCGGACCUGAGCGAUUCGGAAGAAUCUCCACGUCGCAUUGUCGAGGCAGCCCAAGCUAUGUUCGGCCACUCCGAGAACUUGACCGUCAAUAUCUUAGUCAACAACGCGGGAGUCGGUGGAGACUACCCAUUAGGAGAGGUGCCUAUGGCUGAAUUUCAUCGUAUCUACGCUGUGAACGUCUUGGCUCCUAUUAUGGUUACUCAGGCGCUUCUACCGUUUCUCCCUCGCGAUAGAUCCGGACGUAUUGUGAAUAUCUCGUCCGUCGCCUCGACUAUGGGAUUCAAAACCCACACUCUUUAUGGAGGUACUAAAGCUGCACUGGAGGCGAUGACGAGAACUUGGGCGCGGGAGCUCGCUGAGAGAGCAACAGUUAACGCAGUAAAUCCUGGGCCUGUGGAGGGAGAUAUGUACUGGGCUGCGGGCGAAGACUUUUGGAAGCAGCUUGAGCCAUUCCAGCUUGCUGCACCCUUGUCUGCGGUUCGAGACACAGACCGGCCAGAACUUGUCAGGCUCGCAAACGAAAGGAUGGCUGGAAGGCGUCCCGCAUAUUGGACCGAGGUCGCUGACAUCGUGGGAAUGCUGUGCGGUCCAGAGUCUGCUUGGUGCACUGGGAGUGUCGUUUGCGCUAAUGGGGGUUUGAGAUUUUCAGUGUAA